AUGAUGGAGUCAACAAAUCUGCCAACUGGCAAGAAAGUAAUAAAGAAACGUAAAUACAGUAGAGGUGGAUGUAAAGAAUGCAAACGACGGAAGAUCAAGUGUGACGAGGCUAAACCAUAUUGUUACAGCUGUACUAGAUUGCACAAGACUUGUGUUUAUCAACAGCCAUUUCCAUCGUCUUCUUCACCGCAGAAGUUUCAAUUUGAGGAUCCCAAGAUUGUAAUUGUUGGUGGCAGUAACUCUAGUUUUGAAUUGGAUCGAAAUCGGGAUCGGAUUUCCAAAGGAACAGGAAGAUUUACAGAUACACCAAAGAAUGAACGACAACGUCGGAUUCAUCAACAUAGUUGGAAUAACCAGCUGAUUGAUCUGGUACGACAACAACAGGAACUACAUCAAAAUAAUCGACCAUCUUCACUCAAGUUUUAUCAAGUUAAUCAUAGUAACAUUAGGACAUCGAUACCGUCAUCAAAGUCACUCCUGCAUGAAGUUGACUCCAUCAACGAUAUUGACAUCAACUUUAAUCAUAAUGACUUGGUUACCAACUCGUUGCAGCCACAAUCACAACCGCAGCAACAUCCUCGAGAGGAAUCUCCACACGAGUGCAGAAAAUACAAGAUUUCCGAUGUGCUAUCGCCGGACAUUGACUUUUUGAAUGACUACAACUGGGGAAGCAUUGCCCCUAACGAUGUACGAAAUCUCUUUGAUGAUGCAAAUUUGCUAGUUCAUGAUUCAUUGGAAAUGUUUGGUAUGGACCAAUUCAAACCUUUUACUAGUAUUGAUGGCGGUGACCAACUACUAAAUCUAAGUAGUGAAAACAACUACUCCCAUAGCAUACAAAGCUCAGAGGAGUUGCUGUCUAUACCGGAGUUCCCAAUGCCCGAGCUUUCCCACAAGUCUGAAUCCCAACCACUUACCAACUCGGGUUACAAGACAAAUAUAGAGUUAAUUGAAUCGACUUUUCAAGAUUUGGAUUUGGCAGGACCGCAUGAAAUAUAUCUAAAUAAACUAACUGAAACCGAAUUGGGAUACCAUUUAUUCCCAUUUGCUCAUGGUAUAGGCUCAAAUGCAGUACUAAAGAUACUUUUAAAAUACCUGCAAGGGUGCUCAUAUUUGCUUUGUGCAUUACUAUCAAGUUCAGCCACUUUCCAAUUUGUUCAGAAUAGAAAACCGGUGCACGAGCAGAAUCGUUCGAAAUACACCUCAGUUUGCUUGAAACUACUCAGUGAUGCCUUUCCCAAACCCAAUGAAAAAUCCACCACCAUGGCUAACGACAUUGAAAAGUUGCUACUAACCAUUUUGAUUUUAACUACUUGCUUCACAGCAACGUCUUAUUUUCAACAAGCAGACUCAAAUUCGAGUAAAAUGCUCUCUUGGAAGACGCAUCUACGUGGAGUCAAGGAUUUAUUAUUGAAAUAUACUGAGCUUACAAAAUCAUCAAGUCGAGCCUACAUAUCGGAUGGGUUAGCAUUGGCCAAAAGUUGGUAUUUCUCCAUUGAAGCUUUGGCAGAAUUGCAUGACCCCUUGGGCGGGACCUUACAUUACCUGAAGGAAAACAUUUCUCAGGUUGUUGACAUAAUUGAAACUGAUUCAGAACAUGACCAUUCGGAAUUGAGUCGAAUUUGGCUCCAAACGGGGUACUUUAGUCGGGAUAAAAAUGCCGAGUACCAUGAUGCGUUACUCAAGAUUAAUAUAUUAACGGCACAGUAUCCCAACUUGGUUCAAUUUAAUUUAUUCAAUGGGUAUAGUAUCAAUGUCGUGCGGGUCAUUGACGAAUUGACGAAAUGUUUGGACUUGGUGCGAGAACAUAAUAAUGUUCAAGUAUCAGGAUUUAGAGUAGCCAAAGUUAUGUCGUUGAUUGCUCAAGGAAGAGAUAGUUUUAUUGUGCCCAAGGUUAAUAAGUCAACGUUUGAAAUACCUAUUGAAUCAAUUGGGCACCCAAAUUAUCACAAAUUGGAUCGUAUCUCUUUCCCAGCGUCGUGCUAUGCCAGAGAGACAUUGUCUGAUGGCAGAUUUGUUUGCUACUCAUGGUUUGACUGGAGCGAACAGUUGCAUAUAGAUUCACUCGGAUUGAAAGUGUACAUAACGGAGGGUAUUCUUAAACUACCCAAAACCCACCCCAUUGUUAAAGAGUUGAAAAUGCGAAUAUUAAAUUCAUUGUUUUUCAUAAAGACAAAACGUGACGCAAAAGAUGCAUAUAAGAAUGAUAUUUACCUAGAACUGGCCAACUAUUAUGUGUCUAAAAAUUUGUUUGACGAGAGGGCAGUAAUGGCCCAAAGUUCAUUUCGUCAAUGUCUAAAAGUAUUUUUAAACGAUGACGAUUUUGAGAAAUUGAUAUUGUAUUUUAAAGCAUUGGUUAAAUUGGGCAAUGGAGGUGCGUUAAUUGCAUUAGAGAUGGUUCAGAAGUUGAAGUUGAGAUAUGGGUCGAGAGCGGAAAGAAACGUUGGUGGUGGUGAUGCCAAUGGUGACAUAGAGCCGGUUGAGAGUGAUGAUGAAGAUCAAGCCGACAUGGCAUUUAUACCAUACGCAUAG